AUGGUCUUUAUUCACGAACCUCUCUUUAUUAAGGGUUUACUCGAUGCGGCCAUUAAAAUAGUCGCUGUGGUGAACCAUUUUGUUCUCCACACAUCAGUUUUCAAAGUCAAAAGACCUACAGAAACUCGCUCCACUAUAGCUAGGGAGAUUCAACCACCAUGUAAGACCCACGAUGUAGGCACGUCGAAAACAUGA